AUGACAGGCGGAGCGGAAACUAUCGAUGAUCCAGUAUCACUGAAGAACAAGUUUGAGGAGGAAAUAGGCAGCUUGCAAAUAUUGUCCGACCAAUUUCAGAAUAAGAUUUCUAUCCUCGAGCAUGAACUCAACAAAGAUAAACGCGAAUAUGUAAAUCAACUACAACGGCUUUAUGAGAGAAAUGCAGAAGCCAUCGAUAAAAUUAAACAGCUGGAUGCGACUAUGCAAACUGUAUCCACGAAGGUUGUCCAUCUUGGCGAUCAGCUUGAAUCGGUUCAUCAACCGAGGCAGAGAGCUCAUGAUGCACUCAAACUCAUUCAGCACUUUGAUGAGUUUCUCUCAGACCAACCUCUUAAUUCUAUGAUUUUUACUGAUCCAGACAAGCUUUUGGAGUCUGCCGACUUAGUGCAGAAACUCUACUCGAUUUCGCAGGAAUUGUCGAAAGAGAAGUUUCAGGCAGUUCAGGCAAGGAUUGCCCACAGGUACGAAGAAGUCGAGAGGUUGCUCAUCGACGAAUUUGCUCGGGCGCAGCGUGACGAAAAAAAGAUGGCCGAAGUAGCAAAAAUUCUCAGUGAAUUCAAGGGAUAUUCUCAUUGCGUUGAUCGCUAUGUUGAAUACAUCCAGUCCCUCUUUCGGACAGGAUCAGAUGACGUAUAUGCUGAAGCCUUGCAACUUGUUCGAAACCACAAGUCGAAAAUUGAAACGAUUUUUCCAAGUCCUACGGCAGUUAUACAAAAAUUGAUACUAAGCCUUUAUACUGGUAGACUUAAAGAGCAUAUUUACGCGAAGCUUAGAGAUUCUAAGGAAUGUGGAGAUCGUGAAGGCUACCUAGUGGGAUUGGCCGAGUCUUAUUCAAGUAUACUGCGGCUCAACAAAGAACUUGAAACUUUACAUGUUAGUUCCGAUGCAUUAUUUUUAUCCACAUUAACACGUUCCCUAUUUGAUCGAUAUUUGUCUACGUAUCAAAGCGAAGAAUUGGACUACCUUAAUGCACAGUGUGCUAGCAUUCUUCAACGGUUUUAUGAUUCGAAAAAACACGUGAAGAAGCAAAUCCAAAGCGGAGGGCUUCAAGAGCUAAAGCGGGACGUGCAAGCUCGACUUUUGACCGUAGAAACUUACGGUGGUGAAACUUUUCUUUCCGAAGACGUUGCCAUAAGUAUACUUCAAGAAACAAAAAACGCCUUUAAUAGAGCCUCACAGUUAUGUGAGAAACUUGAGGUUCCUAAGCAUAGUGAGAAUAUCUUCGAUAUUCUUCUCAAAUACCUUUACAAUGACCAUCUAAAUUAUGCCGUUGAAUUGGCUAUAGCGGGGAUAUCUUUGGCCGAGCCUAAAGUUAGUCCUCCAGCCUAUUUCUUCGCCGUGGUUGCGCAGAACACCACGAUAGUUUUGUUGCUUAUGAAACAGUAUGAAGAUUCGGUGCUUCCGCUUAUAAAAGGAUCUGUUGUUGAACAGUGUGUAGCAAAGAAGUGGUCGUCGUCUUUGCGUUCGUUAGAGCAGAAAAUCAACGUGGGCCUCGAAAGGCAACUAAACGCGAUUGUUGGUUAUGUACGAUUUAUCCUCUCAUCUGAGCAGAAGAAAGUCGAUUUCCGCCCGGAAAACCAGCAGAUCAAUCUUGGAGCAUCACCCUGUCAGCAAGUAGUGCGCUUCCUUACAUCGCAAGCGGCUGCUAUGGAAAGAGGAUGUGACGGAGGGAAUCUGGUUGUUUUACAAAAUGAGCUGGCUCUUCGCCUGUACAAACUCUUGUUGCACCACAUUCAACAGUUUGUCUUCAACUCUGCUGGAGCAAUGCUGCUGUUAUGUGAUCUGAACGAAUAUCGUAAAUGUGUAUCGCAAUGGCGACUUGAAGCGAAUAUAUCGAGACAGUUCGAUAGUAUGCAUGCUCUGGCAAAUCUUCUCGUAGUGCUACCGGACAAUCUUUUGGAUGCUGCCCAUAGCCCAAUGCUGGCAAGUCUAAUUGACGCUACUUAUCUUUUGACAAAAUUUUAUCCGUGA